GGCGCAGGGAUACACAACGACGGCUGUCCCAAAAGAACCCUUGAGACUGGGGAUUGAAGUGAAAGAGAUCCUGUGCGUGAUCGAGUGCACGGAUAAACUUCUUGUCUGCAGGCGAGGGAGCAUUUUUGUAGGUGCUCCAAGUGUUGAUUUGAAGUGCUUCCAGCUUCUUCGAAGAUGCCCCAGAAACCGCCACCUCGUAGGCAGAGUAUCAGCAUGGGCAGAGGAGCCAGGAAGAGAGAGGAAGAUUCAGGUACCGAAGUGGGAGAAGCGACAGAUGAAUGGGUCCAGCCCAAAGCCACAGUUAGACUUCCUGACCAGCUGGAGUUGACAGAUGCGGAGCUAAAGGAGGAGUUUACCCGGAUUCUGACAGCCAACAACCCACAUGCACCCCAGAAUAUCGUCAGGUACAGCUUCAAAGAAGGCACAUAUAAGAUUAUUGGUUUUGUGAAUCAACUAGCAGUUCACUUCAGCCAGGUUGGGAACCUGAUCCCCAAAGACUCGGAUGAAGGCCGGCGGCAGCACUACCGUGAUGAGUUGGCUGCAGGUUCUCAGGAGUCUGCCAAAGUAGUGAUUUCAGAAACAGAAAUUCUUGAAGAAGAAGAAGAACCUAAGGAAGCAGAAGCUGAAGCUGAAGCUGAAGCUGGGAGUCAAACAGACAUGCCUGCAUCUGAGGCAGCUGAAAAAGUGUCUGAAGAAGAAUUGAUAACUCCUAAGCAGCCAAAGGAGCAAAAGCUCACCAACAAGUUCAACUUCAGUGAGAGGGCCUCACAGACCUUCAACAACCCUCUCCGGGACCGAGAAUGCCAGAUGGAGCCUCCUCCCAGGACAAAUUUUUCAGCCACAGCCAAUCAGUGGGAGAUCUAUGAUGCCUACAUGGAGGAGCUUGAGAAGCAGGAAAAGACCAAAGAGAAGGAGAAGACAAAGACCCCAGUUACUAAAAAAAUGGGGAAGAUGGCUCUGAGGAAGAUGACAUCUAUGGAAUCCCAGAGUGAUGAUAUCACCAAGGUGACCCAAGCUGCUAAAAUCGUGGAGCGGAUGGUCAACCAGAACACAUAUGAUGACAUUGCUCAAGAUUUUAAGUACUAUGAAGACCCGGCUGACGAAUACCGGGACCAGGAGGGAACGCUGCUGCCGCUCUGGAAGUUCCAAAACGACAAAGCCAAGCGAUUGGCCGUCACCGCCCUCUGCUGGAAUCCAAAGUACAGUGAUCUGUUUGCAGUGGGACAUGGCUCCUAUGACUUCAUGAAGCAAAGCUGGGGAAUGCUGUUGCUCUACAGCAUGAAGAACCCCAGCUUCCCUGAAUACACCUUCAGCAGCGGGAGCGGCAUCAUGUGUCUUGACAUGCAUGUGGACCACCCCUACCUGGUGGUGGUGGGCCACUACGAUGGCAACGUGGCCAUUUACAACCUCAAGAAGGCCCAAUCCCAGCCCUCCUUCCACAGCUCAGCCAAGUCUGGCAAGCACACGGAUCCCGUAUGGCAGGUCAAGUGGCAAAAGGACGACAUGGACAACAACCUUAACUUCUUCUCUGUGUCAUCUGAUGGCAGGAUUGUGUCUUGGACGCUUGUGAAGAGUGAGCUGGUUCACAUGGAUGUCAUUAAGCUCAAGGUGGAGGGCAGCACCUCGGAAGGUCUGGAGGGAAUGCAGCUAUACACAGUGGGGUGUGGCACCGCCUUUGACUUCCACAAAGUGAUUGACUACAUGUUCCUUGUGGGCACAGAGGAGGGGAAAAUCUACAAGUGCUCUAAGUCCUACUCCAGCCAGUUCCUGGACACCUAUGAUGCCCACGACAUGGCAGUGGAUGCUGUGUCCUGGAACCCAUACCACACCAAGGUCUUCAUGUCCUGCAGCUCUGACUGGACAGUGAAAAUCUGGGACCACACCAUCAAGACCCCAAUGUUCAUCUAUGACUUAAAUUCAGCCGUGGGCGAUGUGGCCUGGGCACCAUAUUCUUCUACUGUGUUUGCAGCAGUUACCGCCAAUGGGAAGACACAUGUGUUUGACUUGUCCAUCAACAAGUACGAAGCCAUCUGCAACCAGCCUGUGGUGGCCAAAAAGAAAAACAAGAUCACCCGUGUGCAGUUCAAUCCUAUCCACCCCAUCAUCAUAGUGGGUGAUGAUCGUGGGCAUGUCACCUGCCUCAAGCUGUCACCUAACCUGCGCAAGAUGCCAAAGGAGAAGAAGGGGCAGGAAGUGCAGAAGGGUCCAGCUGUGGAGAUGGCAAAACUGGACAAACUGCUGAACCUGGUGAGGGAAGUGAAAACUAAGAUCUGAGGGCCUGGCCUCAGUCCCUGUCCUAUUUCUUGAACCCAGUACUUUUAGCCCCUGACUCUGGUACUCAAGCCCAGCCUUAGCACCCAGUAUAUGACCCCACACUUGUUCAGGUCCCAGCAUCUUCCCUUAGCACCCUGUCCCAGCCCUGGUCCUAGCACCUCAGCCCAGGACUUGGACCUAAACCACCAUCACCCC